UCUUGAAUGGUGCCAUAUUAUAAAUUUCUUGUUUUAUCAAGUUAUUGUUUUGUCACGAAUUUAUUAUUUUUAGUUCUUGGUUUUAUAUUAUUUUAUAUUAAAACCCUGGAUUCAUUCGCCAUUGUACCAAAACUGCUAUUCUCACAUUGCCAGAAUACUACUUCUCUUACAAUACUUAUACUGAAACUGGCUGAAAAAUUGCAAAAAAAUUUGCAAUUUUUCAGAAAGGGUAUGAAAGAGUAUUGUUCAUUAUCAAAAGCCAUUUUCUGAGUACAAUCAUUGUUUUUACUUCUUUUUAUGAAAAAGUGUAAAUUAAAUAAUUAAAAUAAAAAAAAUUUUAAGCCGUGAAUUUAUCAAUAACUUAAAUUUUAGAUAUUUUACUGUAAUUGUAACAUUUUCAUUGCAAUGGUUUUCCCCUUAUUUUUAGGAAGCCUUUAUUUGAGUGACGCUUCAAAUUCUAGUUUUAACUCCUUCCAAAGUGCCACCAAUGGUCCUCAUUUGUGUGAACUCUGCGGCAAACAGUUUCCCAACAAUUCCAGUCUGGUGACACAUUCCCGUAUUCAUACUGGUGAACGUCCAUUCACCUGCAAAGAAUGCGGACGAUGCUUCUCCCAAAAAGGAAACAUGAAAGCUCACAUGAUAACUCAUGAGAAAAUAAAGCCGUUCGCUUGUAACUAUUGUCCCAAACGUUAUACUACGAAGAAAUUACUAUUGGGUCAUGAAUUGGUAAAGCAUAAAUUCCUUUUUUUAGUGAUCAUUUAUUCCGGUGAUGUUACAAAUUCUAGUUUCAGUUCUCACUAUGACCUCAACUCUGUAAAUGUGUGUAACAUUUGUGGCAAAAGGUUUCCUUCCAAAUCAGGCCUUAACAUGCAUUCUCUCACUCAUACUGGAGAACGUCCAUACAUGUGUGAACAGUGUGGCAGAACAUUUGCACAGAAAGGGAACCUUAAAGCACAUGAAAAAACUCAUACCGGAUUGAAGCCAUUUGCAUGCAACUUCUGUGAGAAGAGCUUCACCAGUAAACGCCGCAUGUUGGAACACGUAGCUUCCAAACAUGGGUUCUAAUGAUGGAUUGAAAGCGUGAAAAAUAAUGUAACUAAGCAAUUUAACUCUUUAUUGGGCUAUUUUUUUAAGUAAUUCUAUAUAAAAUAUUUUUUAGGUUUAUUUAUAAAAAUUAAUUUAUUUGGUUUUUUACCUAAAAUUAACUUGACUUUUAAGCCAUUGUUUUUCUUCAUAAAUGUAACCUAUUGUAAAAAAUUUGGUCUUAAACUCGAUCUUCUGUCUUUAUAACUUCGAAGAGAAAUGGUCAUACAAAUAAAUGUGCUAUAAAGAAAAAGAAAAUGAUGGAAAUAAAAAUGAAAUAUGACCACGGAAGCUGACGUCUUCAGGGGGUACCGGCCCCGGUAGCCAUAAAAAGGUAAGAACUCUCCUACCCAUUCGCCUAUAGAGGUAACUAUGGUAACGAGGUAUAACUAUUUCAAGUAGGGAUGUGGGAUCAUUGUAUAGGACAGGUGUUGGCUCGGGUCGGCAAGAGAAAGGGAAUCUUUUUCUUUGGUCUACUGUGUUAGCCCUAGAGUGAAGAGAAGCUACCCUCCCUGAAAUCUGCAAUUUUUGUUUCCAUAACAGCAGACGGCCUCAGACUGUGGCAGGGGGAGUUCUUACCAUAGACAAACUAUAUAUUACCCGCAAUUAUGUGAACAAAGCCUUUCAUCACUAUUUUUUCUUAUUUUUUAAAAGUUAUUAUUAGAAACGGGCUACACAAUUUGCAGGUGGGGAAGUAGCUUCCCUUCAAAGUUUAAAAGUUAGUGAAAUCGAUGGGAAAUAUACUUACCACGGCAUUAUAAUGGGUUGAAUAACUUCAGUUACAUUAUUUUUCACGUUUCCUUAAUGCCAAAUUUAAUUUUUUUUAUAAAGUUUGAAGGCCUUAUUGUAUUUUAAAAGACAUACUUAAUUUUUUUUAAUCUAAAUCUUAUUAAUAUUAAGAUUUAUUGAACAUUGUUGUGGUUAGUAUGAAUUCCGGUGAUUACAUGUAACACAAUAAAAAGAAAUUUGUUCUGAUCGAUCAAAAUCUACUUUGUGAGUUGUACAUUUGUAUUAAAAUAAAACUAGUUGGACUAGGA